AUGGCGGUACUAGAGCACAUACCCUCACUAAGGAAUUCUCUAUCAUCCGCCAGCGAGAUCUUAGUAGACUCCUCCAGUUCAGACUUUCAGGAACGCCUUCAGAGAUGGACUGACAUCAACCGCGAAGAGCCAGCAGCGAUCAUUCUUCCAAGCUCAGAAAGUGAUUGCUUGCAGACUGUGCAAUGGGCUCUGAAGAGCUCUAUCCCGUUCGUAUCAAGAAGCGGUGGCCACAGCGAGUGGUCGACUAUCGGUAAAAACGGCGUGAUAAUUGAUCUUGGUAGAUACAAGAGCGUCGAAGUAGAUGUGACUAGUCGCACGGCUAUUCUCAGGGGCAGCAUACUUAGCAAGGAGGUUGCUGUUGCAUUAGCAGAUGCUGGCCUUUUCACAGCACUGGGAAACGGCAACACUGUGGGCGCGAUUCCUUAUUUCCUUAACGGUGGAGCUUCCAUAACGACGUCUAUUACCGGUUUCGGUGCAGAUCAGAUCCUUGCUGCACGACUCAUUACUGCCUCGGGUGAACUCAUCGAGGCCAACCAAACGCACAAUUCUGAACUUCUCUGGGCCAUUAGAGGUGCUGGUCAAUUCUUUGGUCUUGUGACAGAGUUGACGAUUGAGGCAUACCCCCUCUCCGCACUCGGUAAUGAUCAUGGCGUCAUUUGGGCGGGAAGUUUUGUGUUCCCCUUAGAUAGAGCAGGCGAAGUGGCUGCUGUGAUGAAAGACUUAAUGAGUAAUAAUAAAUACGCAACAGCUGGGCUCCUUAUGGUAAUGGCGCCUCCACCGACUCGCCAACCGUCAGUUGUUGUGGCUGCACGAUACACGGGAAAUCCCCAGGAAGCAGCGGCUGCUUAUCAACCUCUGUACGACCUGAAGCCAAUCGCAGCGUCUGGUGGUGAGGUGCCUAUUCAAAAUGCUAGUGACGCUCGCAGUGUACUUGGGGCCAAAGGAGACUUCAAACGUUUCGGAGUGGUAGGGCUGCACAGUUUCGACCCGGAAGCUUUUCUGAAAACCAUCGACGUGUGGAAGGAGAUGAUUGCCCAGUGUCCAGACGCCAUAAACUCAGGCUUCAAUUUUCAGUGGGAUUCGAGGCCACCUAGGAAAUCAAGAUUGGGCUCUGCUCAUUCCCUUCAGAACAUUCGGUACUGGCAGAACAAUCUCAUUUGGCAUACGGACGCAGAUAAUCGAGCUGCUGUUGAUAAUUUUAACGAGAGAUGCAUUGCCAUCAUGCGAGGUCCGAACGUCACGGAAUACGUGGAUUUCGCCAAUGGCACGCGAGAUGGGCCUAUCGAAUGGCGCUUUCGCGGCAAAGAGAGACUUGAUACAUUGAAGCAACUAAAGAAGACUUGGGAUCCAAACGGGAUAUUUACUCGGCAGCUCUUGGAUGGGUGA